CUACAAAGCUCUUUAGCAGUCUUACCCUCAUGUGUCUGGGACUGCGAGCGUGAAGAGACUUUGUGGACAUAAUCAACACUGUCUUCAACUGGCCUUUCAUUGGGAGAACCUCACUGCAUUGUACGUCUGAUUGUUUGGACUUAUUUUUGCAUGGACUUUUAAUUUUCCCUUAGCUGGACUAAGGAGUGCACCAGAAAGCCAAGACCUUAAGGAUUAUAAAAGACUCAAAAGGAUUAGUGGUCAAGAUGUUGAUCACAAUGCUAACUGCCAUGUAUGUGAUGGUUAAAGUUGUAGAAUUGAUUGGGGUCCAAUUUGUACAGCAAGAGGAGCCUUUGCCUUAUAUGAUAUCUCAGCCUUUGCCUUGGCAGGUUCACUCUGUGUCUCACAGCCGGAAGACCAGCAAGGCAGAAGAGUUUGAAGGCUUCAGGAGGAACAGCAUAGGCGUAUACAGAAAGAACUCCAGUACCAGCAAUGGCACAAGUGGCACCCCUUUGGUUCCUCCUCUCAGCCCCGUUGAAGUUGAAAAAGCAGCCUCUACCAUCCAGAGCCACUUCAGGAAGUUCCAGCAGAAGAAACAUAAGAAUGACAAAUAGAUGAAUGGAGAGGGUCAGCGUUGUGGUGCAGCAACUUUCAAAGGCAACAGGAAGCAGGUGGGGCGUAUGGAUUCACCUUAGGUUAUAUGUAACAGCCUAUAAGUAAAUCUACAUAUAUACUGAAAUUUAGAGUAGUUCUAAAUGUCACAGGAAACUAAACAUUAACAUUAAGCAUUAGCCUUCAUGGCAAACACUGCUUGUUGUACCAUUCAGCAUUCAAGAUGAUGAUAAAUGUGACUUUAUGUAUCUGAAUGAACAGCUUUCAUGCGCAGUGUGGACAGGUGGAUUGUUAAAAUGUGUGUUUUUGAGCAUGUUGUCAUUUUCAUGACUUUUAUUUUGAAUUUAUAAAAGUGGCAAAAAAUUGUAAAAAUAUUUUCCUUUGAAAACAACCUUGUUGAAUGUCAGGAUUUAAAUGAAAUUGUCUUUCGAACUUUGCUCCAUGUUUCUUCUCUUUAAUGUUUUCUGUUUGUUUUUAAUGCUUUUUGUUUUUUCAAAUUUGGGAAUAAAAUGAAAAUCCCUGGUAGACAAUUAGGCAACCUGA